UUGGCGUUUCGACGAAGACGUUCCCCUUUUGAAAAGGUGUCCACCUCGGUCCUGGAGAAUGAGCUCAACUGGGUGCCAUUCGGCCCCCGAUGGAGGGGACCCCCCCAACUACCGCAUGUCCGCUGUGGAGGGCUGUCCGAGCGGAGAGUCUCCGGUGACCCCCAGGAGACGGCUCCACUCUGCGGAGGACGCGCGGUGCAGUAACCGGCCUCCCCCCGAGGGCGCCGGGUCAGUUUCCAUCCCCGAGUCCGAGGAGAAGGGGGAACGGUGCCAGCAAUGUCGAAAGAGAGUCUCGGAGCUGAAGAGGCAGGCGCUGGCCCUGGCGGACCUCAAUUCACUGAAGGACCCUGGAUACGCAGCCUUCCUGUUCGAGCAGCUCCAAAGACCCGGGAGCCAUGAAGCCGGCGCCAGCCGUUGCCAGGCGUGCUCCACGCCGUUCCACCAACUGAGGCGGGAGGCCCUGCAGACGCUCCACGCUCCCAUCCUCACCCUCAGCUCAGACGUGGCGGCCCUGCCCGCUGCAUCCUUCCCACCACAGCCCGCCAGGUCCACCGCGUCGUCCAAAGGCCAACCGGCUGCUCACUCAGUCCUCGCCUUGGGGGAGCGUCACAGGGUGCCCGGCUGGUCACAGAGCCCCUCUGCCCCCUCGGGGCCUAAGACGAGCGUCCAGCUGAGGGUGGCGGGAGGGCAGAUCAGUGGAUCCCUGAGUUCGGUCACCAUUCAGGCACAGCAGUACCUCGAGGGCAUGUGGAGCAUCUCCCGGGUCAACAACUUCAUCCCUCAGCCUAAACCGGCCCGGGGUUCGACGGGCGAAGCGGACAAGGACGCCGCAGCCUCGGAGGCCGCCGCCGGCAUGACCACCGGCGCCCUGGCGCCCUGCCGGCCGGGGGGCUCCAGCCAACCGGGACCCGCGGCACCUGUCCCCGGCACCUCCAGCUCCCCGCCUCCGCCCUCAUCCGCAGCAGCCUCAUUCUUCAUUAGGGCAGCUCAGAAGCUGAAUCUGUCCUCUAAGCGGAAGAAGCACCAGCCCUCACUGCUCCACCCACAGGAGCCCUCCAUUUACCCCACCAACUUCAGCGGCAUCUUGCAGGUUUCGCCGCCCCCGGCCCCGCCAUGCCUGCUACGAGCUGUGUCCAAAGUGAAAGAGAACCCAGGGAUGGGAAAGGUGAAAGUGAUGAUGCGCAUCUGUCCAUCUCUGGAGACCGCAGACUCCUCAGAGUCACAGUCCUUCUUGAAAGUGGACAGCAGGAAGAAGCAGCUGACCCUCUACGACCCGGCGUCCAGCCCACACUCCGGUUCAGGGCACAGGAGAUCCGCCACGGUGGCCGUCCCAAAGAUAUUCGCCUUCGAUGCUGUUUUUACCCAGGAUGCCUCGCAAGCCGAGGUGUGCUCAGGGACGGUAGCCGAGGUCAUCCAGUCGGUGGUGAACGGUGCAGACGGCUGCAUCUUCUGCUUCGGCCAAGUGAAGCUCGGCAAGACAUACACCAUGAUUGGCAAAGACAGCUCCACCCAGAGCCUAGGCAUUGUGCCCUGUGCCAUCUCCUGGCUUUUCAAGCUCAUCAACGAGCGCAAAGAGAAGACGGGCACGCGCUUCUCCGUCCGAGUGUCGGCGGUGGAAAUCUUUGGGAAAGACGAGGAGCUACAGGACCUGCUGUCUGAGGUGUCCACCGGCAGCCUGCAGGAGGGCCAGUCCCCCGGCAUCCACCUGAGAGAGGAUCCCAUCUGCGGCACUCAGCUUCAGAAUCAGAGCGAGCUGCGUGCCCCGACGGCUGAGAAAGCCGCCCUCUUCCUGGACGCCGCCAUCGCGGCGCGCAGCACUAGCCGACCCAACGUGGAGGAGGAGGAGCGCCGCAACUCCCACAUGCUGUUCACUCUUCACAUUUACCAGUACCGCAUGGAGAAGAGCGGCAAGGGAGGAAUGUCAGGUGGACGGAGCAGGCUACACCUCAUCGACCUGGGGAGCUGUGAAAAGGUCCUGAGUAAAAGCAGAGACGGAGGUGGAGGCUUGUGUCUUUCUCUGAAUGCGCUGGGAAACGUCAUCAUGGCUUUGGCGAAUGGAGCGAAGCACGUCCCUUACAGGGACAGCAAACUGACCAUGUUGCUGAGGGAGUCCCUUGGCAACAUCAACUGUAGAACCACCAUGAUCUCCCACAUCUCCGACUCCCCCGCCAAUUACGCUGACUCACUCACCACCAUCCAGUUGGCAUCCCGCAUCCACCGAAUGAGGAAGAAGAAAUCUAAGUAUGCAUCCAGUUCAUCUGGAGGUGAAAGUUCCUGUGAGGAAGGGAGGAUCCGCCGGCCACCCCACCUCAGGCCGUUCCACCCUCGUACGGUGGCCCUGGACCCAGAUCUGCCCUGCGUGCUCAGUGACCCGGACUACUCAUCCAGUAGUGAACAAUCUUGCGACACUGUCAUUUAUGUGGGCCCCGGGGGAACUGCGAUCUCGGACAGGGAGCUUAGUGACAAUGAAGGCCCACCCGCCUUUGUUCCAAUCAUCCCCUCCCUGAACAGAAAGAAGCCUACAAAAGAGGGCCGCAUGGACAGAGACCAGUUCUUUAAAUGCAACACAUUCGCUGAGCUGCAGGAGAGAUUGGAGUGUAUCGAUGGCAGUGAAGAACCCACUGCCUUUGUUGGAGAGGGCAAGCGAGGCCAGGCCAGCCCCAAGGCCGAUGCAUCUAAGGAGAAUCCAGGCUCCGUUUCACCAAAGACCCCAGCUAAUAUUUCCAACACCGAAGAGGGUAUCUCCCCCAAACAAUCCCCAAAAUCUAUUGCCGCACAACCGACUUGCAGUCCAACCACUACAUCUAAACCGGGCGAUGCCAAAGCGCAAUGCAUACCAUCGGACAGAACCAGCGCCGACGGAGAGAAGGUGUUGGUCUCAGAAAGCAGAGUUAGCGCCAACAAACUAGCGGCUGACUCGGGGCCUAAUUCUGAGCCUGUGGUGAGAGAGAAGGUGUACUUCAACAAGAAAGCUUUGCCCAAGCCAGCCCCACCGCCUUCAGAGCACAGAGAAUCCAGCACGGAAAUGACUGGCAAUGAAGAACGAUCUAGCACCAGAAUGCCUCCUGUAGGCAUGAGCCACCAGGCUGUGAAAAGGAGGGAUCCUUACACUUCCCCUCUGCUCAGAGCUCCGCUGGAGGUGUGCCAGGUGCGAUCUACCUUGAGGGAAAGAUGUCUGGAUCGUGACAUCCUUAGAGCCACUGUGACCUUGCAGCAGCCCGUGGAGCUGAAUGGAGAGGAUGAGCUUGUGUUCACUGUGGUGGAGGAGCUGUCUAUUGGCGGCAUUGUAGAUAACGGGCGGCCCUCCAGCAUUAUCAGUUUUAACAGUGACUGCUCCCUUCAGGCCCUGGCGUCUGGCUCCCGACCCGUCAGCAUCAUCAGCAGCAUCAAUGAUGAAUUUGACGCCUACACAAUGGCGGCGGGAGGCUCAGAGGUGAACAUCGCAGUGGUCACACCCCCCCAGGAAGGGGCCAUGGAGUGUGUGGACAGCAGGGGUUCAUCUAUCAGCUCUUGGUUGAGUGAGGUCAGUGUCUGUACCUUGGAGAGUGAAGGGGCUCAUUCGACAGACGUUUUCCUUCCUCAGGGCAAACACAUGGGACCAGAGGCUGCCUUUUACUUUGACUCUCUGGAUAUGCUCCAUUGUGUGUCCUCUCCAAGAGGUGCCAAGAACUCCCUAAAUGACAGUGGAUUUAGUUUUUCCGAAUUAGACAGCGAUAGUGCCGCGUCAAGCAAACUUUCCUUGACAAAGUGCCCUGCGUCCCCAGAAUCUGCCAAAGGCUGCCUCAGAUUGACAUCCAAAAUAACUAAAGCUCACUCACUCAGCUCCUCUCAACUUCCACAGGGCCCCUCCAUAGUCCACUCCAGCCUUCCCAGGAAGAUUAAACCUACCUCAUCCAUCUCUCAUAGUAGUAGCAGUAGCAGCAGUAGGGAGCCACCAAGGCAAGAGGCUAAGCAGCAGGAUCCUUGGCAGCGUGUUGACAAGCACACCGAGCCCAAGUUUUCUGACUCAAGCAGCACCAGCAAAUUUCUCCGAAAUCCCCCCAGCGGCAUCCCUUCCAGCAAGGCAUCCAGCAACAGUGUACCUCGCCCACCCAAGGUGCAGGGGUCUACCUCGUCCCAGAGGGUGGUCGAUGGCUGUGAGAAAUCCACCAGUAAGAAUCCACCCAGCAAAAUGCCUCAGCUGAGACGAGGCGCCACCACCCUGGGAACAGUGCCCGUCAUCCAUUCCUCUACAGACUACAAGGGAACCCGAGAUAUCACUGCAUCUGCCUCAAGCCUUAAAUACUCCUCCCUGGGGAAAAACAACAAGGAUAACUCACAGAAAACGAGCAAUCUCCCUAAACCUGGUUGCACUUCACCUCCACCUCCUCCAGUGCGAAAGUCCAGUCUUGACCAAAAGACCAAGAUCCUGCUGCCCCAAAGUGCCUUAAAGUCAGCAUAUGGGGAAGCAGGAAGGGCUUUUGGGGCAAGGGCAGCUGUUUCAGAGGAUGAGCUUGAGGUACGUCACAGAGCGGACUCAACCAGCUUCAAAACCUCCAGCCUCACAGCCAAAGUUACCUCCAGCCUGAAGGCCAGAGGGCCGAGAGGAGAGGCUGGGCAGCAUUACGGAAGUCAAAUGUCCCUGGAAAGCCUGUCCUUAUCGGGUUCCAGACCUGCGCUUAGUAGAGAGAAUAGUGGGGCCAGUCUGGGAAGCAGCAGUGGCAAAUCCAGCAGGACCAUUCCGAGAUUUGGUAUUCCUAAUUCAUCCAGCUCUCCUAUAGCUACCUGCCCGUCAUCCCCGAGUGGAGGAGGUAUUAGCAAACCUGGUCAAGCGAAAGCAGCUGUAAGUCCCAGAGCAUUAGGAGCGGCCAGCGGUAGUAAAGCGCGCUCACUGUCAGUCAACAACUCCAAGGGCCUGAGCUCCUCCACCAAAUCGUUGGCCACUCCCGUGACCAGAAAUACCAACGCCAACCUGCCGCCGUCGGGACGGACAUCGGCCACUCGAACCGCCGCCGCCGCCGUCAGCGGUAAGCCCGGGCGAGGGACCAUCAUGGGAACGAAGCAGGCCAUGAAGGCCGCCAACAGCCGCGUCAGCGAACUGGCGACGGGCAACCUGGCGGGCAAACACGUGAGGGGCUCCGGAGAUUCGGACAGCGGGAAUGACAGCGGCGUGAAUGUGAGUGAUGACAAAUCGCCCACGGCCAUGCUGCCCUCUCCGUACAGCAAAAUAACGGCACCCAGGCGGCCGCAGCGCUACAGCAGCGGCCACGGCAGCGACAACAGCAGUGUGUUGAGCGGGGAGCUGCCCCCGGCUAUGGGCCGCACGGCUCUGUUCUACCACAGCGGCGGCAGCAGCGGCUAUGAAAGCAUGAUCCGUGACAGCGAGGCCACGGGCAGCGCUUCGUCGGCCCACGAUUCCAUGAGCGAGAGCGGCAUGUCGUCUUCGGGCAGGACACGGAGCUGCAAGUAUCCAAAGAAGAGAGCAAACGGCUUCCAGAGGAGACGGCUCAUCCCGGCACCCCUGCCAGACUCCUCCUCGCUGGGGAAGAAGGUCGGCGCAGCCGGCCAGUGGGUGGACUUGCCUCCCAUGUCAGGGCCUCUAAAGGAGCCUUUUGAGAUCAAGGUGUAUGAGAUCGACGAUGUGGAGCGACUCCAGAGACGGCGUCUGGAAGAAACCACAGAGCAACCAUUCCAGGAUGUUGACACGGGCCUGCUGUAUUUUAACAGUAAGUUGAAGAUGUUGGAGAGAAGGCAGCAGCAAGUGAGAGAACUGAGUGCAAAGUACGAGGUGUUGUUGGAGGAGCUUGAUGACACCAAGGCCCGACUGAUGAUGGACCCCAGCAAGUGGAUGGGAGAGUUUGAAGUGGACCAGAAUUUGGAUAAAGAGUCUCCCGAGUACCUGGAGGCCUUGGCACAGGCCACAGAGGAACUGGAGUUCUGUGUCAAUCUAUGCAAGUCCCGUGUCAUGAUGGUGACCUGCUUUGACAUCAGCAUGCCGAAAUCUGGUACCCAGGAGGGACUGCGGGAAGUCGAAGUCUGACGGGGAAAGAAAGUCGAGGUGGAGAAAUGAGGAAGUGAGACAACAAGAAGGAUGAUUAAAUGUAGCGGAGGAGUCUAUAGAUAUCACUGGAGUGAGGAACAACAAGUGACGGAGAUGAGAUGUGAGAGGAUCUGUGCAUGAAAAAAAAAAAAAAAAGAGGAAGUCAGAACCACCCGACUACAGUGCCUCGUUGUUCAGGACGUGUUUUAAUGGCAGAGAAAUUAAACGUGAGCAGCAAUGCCGUGGCCAUCACUUACUCAAGAGUCAAUGAACAACACCUGGAAGUGCCUUUUGUAUUGUUUUGUUUUGAUUCAUCAUUUGUCCUACGGUGCGGGUAUCCUAAGCAUACCUUUGCGAACCCUGAAAAUCGUGCUUUUAAAAAAAAUAUUUUAUAUUGCAUUGUAUAGUGUAUUUAUACGAUUAUGUGGUGUGUACAAAUAUCCUUUAAAAGGGGAAAAAAGAAAGAAGAAAAAAGAAAAAGCAAUAAGCUAAUGUUAUUGCGCUCCCGGACUUUGCCUUUUUCGCUUUUUUCAGACCUCAGUCCGCGUUUUAUCCAUCGUUCAGCCUCUUGCGCCUUAUUUCAACUCUCUCCGGUUCUGUAGUUUUCUAGAUUUUCAAACUGGACUAUGUUAUCUCAUCAAGGACUGCAUUUGCUGUUGUCACUCGUCGCCUGCCAGCUGGCUUGUGAAAGCCAGCACGGCUGAGUGAAUGUUUUCCCCUCCCCUGUUGCCUUGAUCGAAAUGGGUCUCAGUGGAUGCACAAAGGUAGAGCGGCAUUUUUUUGUUGGGAGACGGAAGGCUCAUUCAAGCUGUCUCACUGUUUUUCUCACUGAAAAUGAGAGAUUACGCCAAAACAUAUCAAUCAGAGGGCCACUGUGAAGGAUAGUGGGGGAUUAUUCUUGAUUCUGCCACUCAGUCUGAUGCCUCAACACAGGAUGUGGUCAAGCGACCCUGAGAGACUGAACCCUCCCGGUUUCGAUAGCUUGUGAGAAUUGGAUGAUGACACUGAUAGCAGUUCUCAUCAAUGAGCCGAAUUUCUCCACCAAAUGGGCUGGGACUGGGUGCUAUCUAUACACAGUUGAACAAAGAGGAACAGAUAAAAGAGCACAAGUCUGCUGACCUCUUGAACAACACUUUUUCAAGUGCUACCAAGCCUCGGCUCUAUGCAUUCCAAUACAUUUACUGCAACUACUGUACGAACCUCGAUGCUGACGUGAGGGCAGCAACACAGUUUGGCCUCUUUCGUCCCCUGGUUUUAUUUUUUUUCAAUUUUCUUUUGUAGGCAAAUCAACAAAGCUCGCGCUCAGUAAUCGCUAGUUUCUUGUUAAAUGAUGCAUUGAAUAAUAUGAAAUGAUCGUGACAUGGUUUAGGAAAAUGAAUCAUGACAUCAGCUCUUUGUAGCUGCCGGAACGUGCUUGUUAUGAAUCAAACAACUGACGCAGAAAGAAAAAAGACGAUCAUUAAAAGCAUUUUUGAGUAAAACAAAAUGGCUUUGUUGUAUUUUAGUAUGUUUAAUUUCUAUAUCUGUUACAAAUGACUUUGUUUUCUUUCUUUUACUACGAUGUACUCUCUCAGGGCCUCUCUGAAGAUGCUGCAUGAGGUUUUUUAAUCAUUUUUGAAGAAUUAUUUCUACUCCAUUUUUACCAUUCUAAUUUUUUACAAUAACUUCAAUUUUUCACUUUCAAUGUGGGAUAAUGCUCAUCAAUGAAAUAACUUUUACCAAACCAAGACCUUUUUUCCAAGAAAUGAUUAUAUGUGAGGUCAUAUUUCAUAUCAAAACCCAUAUUUUCGGAUAUCUUUGUUUUUGUAUAGGAUUUUCAAACCCUGUGUAUAAAUGUACGAUACGGCAGCUUGUGUUUUACUUUUACAGUACCUGUGAAUAAAAUGUUUCUUCUUACUGAUGAA